AUGGCCCUCGACAUGUGGACCCACGAGUUCUGCCUCGCCUGCGACCGACAAGUCCAGGUCGACGGCGACGCCUACUGCUCCGAAGCGUGCAGAAUGGCCGACUUCGAAAAGACCCCCUCUACACCCAGCUCGCAGGCCAGCUCGCCCGGCUUCUCUCCAGUCUGCUACGCCUCCUCAGGCAGCCUCUCCAGCCGACCUGCGCCCACCAAGUUCUACCUGCCUCCCGCCUACGACUUCAAUCGAGCCCAGCCCUACGGCUCAACACCUCGGACGUCUGCUUCCUUCAGCGGCUACACCUCCGACAUGUCGCCCGCGUCGACACACCGGGGCCUGACGCCCUCGAGCUCACACAGCAGCCUCUGCUCUAUGCAGAGCGUGUCCUCCACCGCCGAGUCCAGCCAGCUGUCAGACAAGGCACGCAAGGAGCUGCGAGCAUACGCCGUUUCCUUUGAGCAGGUCAGACUGCAGCGCCGGCGAUCAUACUAA